AAAAUAAAAAAAAAAUGGGAGGACCAAAAUAAAAGUUCUUUCACCGUUUUAUUUUCAAACUUCAGAUCAUCGCUCCUAUUUGCCUCUUCAGUCUCUUGGUCCCUAGAUUCUCUCUCUAAAUACUUUUACUUUUACCCCCAGGUUUUCUGUAAAUUGCAUUGGUCCCCUUUCCGAUGCAAGAUUUCAUCGGCUCCGUUCGUCGAUCUUUGGUGUUCAAGCCCUCCGCCGAAGAAACCAGCGGCUUAGGAGGAUUUGUUGAGAAAAUCGGGUCAAGUAUCCGAAAAUCUCGAAUCGGACUUUUUAAUAAACCGCCGGUUCAUGCACUGCCUUCAAUUCCUAAGGCUGAGACGCUGCCGACGAGGAAGUACGUGAAGGAGGAGUUCCCGAUGCUGAUGAUGGAAGACGAGGCAUUGCCGCCGAUGGAGGGAGCCAUGGAAGAAGAGAUAUCGUUGAAGAGGAAGAAAGAGGAGAUGGUGCCAUUGGCUAGAAUGGCGAAGGAGAAGGAGGCAGUGGGGACGAGUAAAUGCGUGAAGAGGAAGGAGGCAUCGAUCCGGUGGAGGAAGGGCGAGAUGAUUGGGUGCGGGGCAUUUGGGAUAGUCUACAUGGGGAUGAAUCUUGAUUCUGGUGAAUUACUCGCUGUCAAAGAGGUUGCAAUUGGGGCGAAUAGUGCCUCGAAGAAAGCUCAAGAUCAGCUUUUGGAGCUUGAGAAAGAAGUGAAUCUUUUAAAAAAUCUUUCGCAUCCAAACAUUGUGAGAUACUUGGGAACUGCAAGAGAAGAAGAUUCACUGCAUAUAUUACUCGAAUUUGUUCCAGGUGGAUCCAUUUCAUCGCUCCUGGGAAAGUUUGGGUCUUUCCCAGAAUCAGUCAUUAGAAUGUAUACCAAACAACUUUUGUUGGGACUAGAAUACCUGCACAAAUAUAAAAUUAUGCACCGAGACAUUAAGGGAGCAAACAUUCUUGUGGAUAAUAAGGGGUGCAUUAAACUUGCUGACUUUGGUGCAUCAAAGAAAGUUGAAGCACUGGCUACUGUAACCGGCGCCAAAUCGAUGAAGGGUACUCCAUAUUGGAUGGCCCCUGAAGUUAUUGUCCAGAGUGGUCAUAGCUAUUCUGCUGAUAUAUGGAGCGUUGGAUGCACUGUCAUUGAGAUGGCUACAGGAAAAGCUCCUUGGAGCCAGCAGUAUCAGGAGGUUGCUGCAAUCUUUUACAUAGGUACAACCAAAUCUCAUCCACCAAUACCUGAGCAUCUUUCUGCUGACGCAAAGGACUUCUUACUAAAAUGUUUACAGAAGGAACCAGACCUGAGGCCAACUGCAUCAGAUUUAUUGAAGCAUCCAUUUGUUACUGGUGAACGUCAGGAAUCUCGUCUUGUAUUUCGCCCUUCACCUGUGUCUCAGCAGGGCAGCUCUGGAAAGCAAAUGGCAGAGCUUGGAUUUGACCUUGAGAAGUCAAUGAAUGUAGAGACAAAGAUGACCUACAAUGAUCUGAAGGAUGUAAAUGAUGGGGAUGUUGUGAGAUGCUCAACUGUAUAUCCCAACCAGCUAUCACAAAGUCGGUCCUUUUGGCAGCCUGUUAACUCUGAUGAUGAUAUGUGUCAAAUAGAUGACAGUGAUGAUCUGGUUUUUGGUACACCAGCUAAUCUACUUUCUCGUGAUUAUAAUCAGAGCUUUAACCCUAUGUGUGAGCCUAGUAAUGAUUUGCCGUGUAAGUUUGAUGAAAGUCCAGAGUUGAAGAGAAGUGGAAAUGACUUGCUUUCCAGUCAAAAUAUGGAGCACGAAAAUAGAUCCCAUGUUUCUGGUGAUAUGGAAUGUGGCUUCACAUUUCCAAGAGGACCAGCAUCUGAAGAUGAAGAUGAAGCAACUGAGUCAAGGAUUAGGGAAUUCCUUGAUAAAAAGGCUUUAGAGCUCAAGAAGCUGCAAACACCUCUAUAUGAAGAAUUCUACAAUUCCUUGAAUGUUGUCGGCCCUCUAAGUCCUGUUGGAAAGGAAAAUGUUUCAAGUAAAAGCAACUUACCUCCAAAAAGCAGGUCACCAAGUAGAAUGGUUAGCAGAAGACUUUCUGCUGCUCUUGAUGUUGAGAAUAGCCCGAGCCCCAUUAGUUGUUCCAGGCGCGUGUCAAACAUUGGAGAUAUAAAUUAUCGAGCUUCUCCAGGCAAAGAACUUGAUUCUCAGUGUGAACCGCUUACUCCACGUGCUAGCUUCUUCGAGAGAGAAAGGAAGUGGAAAGAAGAGCUUGUUGAAGAGCUUGAGAGGAAACGAGAACUUAUGCGGCAGGCAGGGGUAGCAAAAACAUCUCCAAAAGAUCAAAUUGUAAAUCGACACAAAGAUCGAUUAAGGUUUGCAUUACCAUGAAAUCAAAUGUAGUUUUGAUAUAUGGGCACAUUGAGGGACGAAGGGAUUGGCUUACUCCGAUAAAUGAAGAUUUACAUUAUAAGGAUUGCCAUUCCUUUUGAGAGAGAUUUUAUCAAUGUCAGUGAGGUGUUUCUGGUAAUAAUGAAUAGUGUUGUCUCGUUAGAGUUGUGUAUAGUGUGUUGGUUUGCUGAAAAUAUUGCCUCAUUACAAUCUCCUAUUGGCUACAUGGCUAUAUAUGCAAGGUUCAAGUCAUGAUUCAACAAAAUGUAUUAUUAAAUUGUGUAUCUUUUUGCAGAAUACGAAAUACGAUAAGGAAAGACUUCAAAUUUUA